GGUAUUCAAAAAGAGCUCCUCCAACGGCAAAAUAACAGUCUACCUAGGAAAACGGGACUUUGUGGACCACAUAACGCACGUCGAUCCUAUAGAUGGUGUCGUGCUGAUAGAUCCGGACUACGUGAAAGAUCGUAAAGUGUUCGGACACGUACUGGCAGCCUUCCGGUACGGACGCGAAGACUUGGACGUGCUCGGGCUAACGUUCCGGAAAGACUUGUACCUGGCCUCCGAACAGAUCUUCCCACCGCAGGAAACGGACCGACCGCUGACCCGGCUCCAGGAGCGACUGAUCCGCAAGCUCGGACCCAAUGCCUAUCCGUUCUACUUCGAAGUGCCGCCGCACUGUCCGGCGUCGGUGUCCCUGCAGCCGGCGCCCGGUGACACCGGCAAACCGUGCGGGGUGGACUACGAGCUGAAGGCCUUCGUCGGCGAGACGCCCGAGGACAAACCGCACAAGCGGAACUCGGUGCGGUUAGCGAUUAGGAAAAUUAUGUACGCCCCCUCGAAGCUGGGCGAGCAGCCAUCGAUCGAGGUCAGCAAGGAGUACAUACUGAAACCAAAUAAGAUCCACCUGGAGGCGAGUCUGGAUAAGGAGCUUUAUCACCACGGCGAAAGUUUAUCGGUGAAUGUACAUAUAGCGAAUAAUUCGAGUAAAACGGUUAAGAAAAUUAAGGUGUCGGUGCGGCAGUUUGCCGAUAUUUGUCUAUUUUCGACGGCGCAGUACAAGUGCACCGUGGCGGAAGUCGAGUCAGAGGACGGAUGUCAAGUGGCGCCCGGUUUCACACUGUCCAAAGUGUUUACGCUAACUCCACUGUUGGCCAACAACAAAGACAAAUGGGGUCUGGCACUCGACGGGCAGCUGAAGCACGAGGAUACCAAUCUGGCCUCCAGCACGUUGUCUCGCAACAUGGUCGAUGGAAAAUAUAGAAUUGCCGAUCCUUCCCAGCGAGAGAACCUCGGCAUCAUCGUGCAGUAUAAAGUGAAGGUUAAGCUGUGCAUUACACCUUUGGGCGGUGACCUGGUGGCCGAGCUGCCAUUCAUCCUGAUGCACCCGAAACCGGACGACGACGAACCGCUGAUAGGGGACCACCGAUCGCCGGGCCGAACGAUUGGCAACUCGGACAAGCUACACCCGGGCGCGGGAGGAGCCGGUGGCGGCGCGGGAACCGGUGCCAGUGACCUGAACAAGAACAGCACCGGUGCCGGCAAGGAGGACGGUCCCAAUCUGAUCCAGCUGGAUGGCGAUGAAAACUGUCAAGAUGACGACAUUAUCUUCGAGGACUUUGCUCGAUUACGUUUGAAAGGUGCAGAAACGGAAGCCUAAUAAAGAGAGCGAGAGUGGGAGCGAGAGCGUUAAUCACCCCAGGGGGGUUUGGAAAUUGUACACACUUUGUAAACGAAUGAUCGCACGCGCACACACAUCCGGCCGUGUCCAAUCGUCUGUAUGUCUAUAUGUGUGUGUGGGGGAGCCAUUCAAGACAAGCGAGCGAUAGCAGCACCAUCGUAGUAGUCGCGCAGCAUCAGCAGUAGCGACAACAAUAGUCUAUUGUGUGUGUCUUGUGGUGGUAGUAGCGGAUAUGAGCGCGUGCAUCGUUUUUUAGCUGUAACAAAAGCCAGACCAUUGGUGGGGUGAAGUUUUUGAAUGUCCGGAAGUUGUAAGAAACGCUGGUAGCUUAAAAUAUAAACAAUUAGUAGCAGUAGCUACGCAUAAGAACGUUUUAACGGAUACAGGAGUAAACAACAACACACAGACACAUACAACUGUAAAUGCGCUGAGAAAUAAAAAUAAUCAUGUUUAUAGCAUUUACGAAGCAGGCCAUGCCCGCCUUCGCCUACUAAUACAAACGCAAACAUAAAUAACAACCGUUAGUCAAAACUGUACGCAUACAAACAAUCGUUUUUCCAUCGCCUCCUUUUCUAUGUACGAAUCGUGUAGAAGAGCGUUUUAUAUAAACAUUUCCCUUAUUUAUUAAUGUUAAUUUGUUUUAUGUAGGUAUGCCAGUUUCUUUCUAGCUUCUAUUUAUUAUCAUUUUUAUUUGUUUCUACAAAGCAAGAUUUCUAAUAUAUUCUUUACCCGUUUCUAGACUGUAGAAAGUAAAUUAAAGAUAGAAAGCUUUAGGCGGAUGUUCGUAAGCACUGCAAAUAGUAGGUACACUAUACACAAAAGGAACUUGUUUAGGUUAUCGGUUCUAACUUCAGUAUUGUUUACGUAAAUUUGAAACUGAAUUUGUUGCUCUGGUGAUUCAUUCCACGGAACACAAUAGGGCAGCAAGUACGGAACGGUAACGUCUCACGUACACAUACGCAAAAAAUGUGUAUUUUCCGAUCACUUGCUGUCACAAUAGGCCUGUCCAGCUUUUCAAAAAUGUUCUCUGAUUCUCAGGUCCACCCCCAUAUUUUGAUUGGCAUCCUAAAAGAAGUAACUGGUCAAAAUUUCAGCCAAAUCCAUUAAAAUUAAGAGGUGCAUCAAAUCAAUUUUGUGUUUUUCGACUAUUUUUGAACUUCAAAAAAUCAUAACUACACUAAAACAUGUCAAAACUUAAUUCUUUUGGCAGAAAUUGAAAGCUAUACUUGUUUGCUACAACUUCUCCGAACAACGUGUGCCAAUAAAAUUGAAGGAAAGAUGUGUAAUUAUCACAUUUGUAAUCAGAAAAAUCUUAAAAAGUUGAUUUUUUGAUAGAUUUUGUUCUGGAAUACCCUAAUAUACGUAAUAAGUUGGAUUUUUUAAAACGGCUUCAUAUUCUCCAAUGUUUUUUGGUUAUUUGCUUUUUUGGCACCAAUACUGUAGGAGUUGAGCAAAAAUUACUAAAAUUCGUGAAAGCCAAAUGUGGCCUAAAAACUAGCUUUUCGGGUGCAAUCACGCUUUGGCGCGCAAAAAGUGGCAUCGCGUCAGCACUGAUAUGAUAGCGAACACCUGUCAUCGCGCUUGUUUGUUAUCACCCGUGGUAGGGGGUAGCCAAGGCAAACUUCUAGGAAGCAAAGCUACUACGUUCAGUACAAUUUCGCGCCACAACGUGAUUGCCUCCAAAAAGCUAGUUUUUAGGCCACAUUUGACUUUCACGAAUUUUAGUAUUUUUUGCUCAACUCCUACAGCAUUAGUGUCAAAGAAGCAAAUAACCAAAAAACAUUGGAGAAUAUGAUGCCGUUUUGAAAAAUCCAACUUAUUAAGUAUAUUAGGGUGUUUCAGAACGAAAUCUAUGAAAAAAUCAACUUUUUAAGGUUUUUCUGAUUACAAAUGUGAUAAUUACACAUGUUUCCUUCAAUUUUAUUGGCACACGUUGUUCGGAGAAGUUGUAGCAGACAAGUAUAGCUUUCAAUUUCUGUCAAAAGAAUUAAGUUUUGACAUGUUUUAGAGUAGUUAUGAAUUUUUGAAGUUCAAAAAUAGUCGAAAAAACACAAAAUUGAUUUGAUGCACCUCUUAAUUUCAACGGAUUUGGCUGAAAUUUUGACCAGUUACUUCUUUUAGGAUGCCAAUCAAAAUAUGGGGGUGGACUUGAGAAUCAGAGAACAUUUUUGAAAAGCUGGACAGGCCUACUGUCACAAGGGCACUCAGACACUGGCGCACAGACAAUUACAAGGCACAAAAUUAGUUUCACUAUGGCUGUUGUUGAAAUGAUAUAGAUAUGAAAACAUCAAACUAUUUGUGAUCAGGUAGCAAACGAUUUCAAUUUUUCGAACUUGACAAACGAACAAUAGUGGAUUUCGAUUGUUUGUGCUGCUUGAGGUAAUGAGGGUAAUACGAAAAAGUACAUAUGGGUAAGCUUAUGGAGAGUAAAAAGGAAACUGUCGGCCAAAAGUUUGUGUUCGGACUGAUUUGCGGUUACUGUAUCCGAUAGUGCGAAUGAACAAGAUGUGUACUAUUUAAACAAUGUGCGAUUUUUAGGAAGUUUUACACUUAUGGCAUGUUAAAUGUUACAUAAAAAACUGUUGGCUCUUUCACGAUGUUCAUUUUUCGUUCGACGUUAUUAAUCAAUCGAUCCCUUUCAAUGUGCAACAAUUUGAAUGUCUAAAUGGUUUUUAUUGGAAAAAAAUAAUCACAUGUGCAAACCUAGCAAACAAAUGGUUGAUUUUUGUUGGAGCUAUGAUUAAUAAGUAACCGACAUCGAUUUCCCUCUAUUGAAAAAAAAAAAAUAAAAAAAACUUCUUACAACUGACUAAUUUUCACAAACUGCACUCUGAACAUUAUUUCAUUCAAUGGACAUAUCAAUAUCCAAGAUGGGUUUUUAAGUUCUACGAUUGUUCAAGUAAUGCGUAAAUAGUUUUAACCGGGGGCACUAGAUACGACUUUGAGAUAAAAUGGAACUGAACUUUUUUCGAUCAAACUCAAUCAGGUACUCCUAUAUGUAACCUUUAUUUCAAAAGAGAAAUCGUUUAGUUUGGGUAAAUUUUUUCCAGCUGCAUCAAAAAUCAAUCUUUGAAUUUAGACAAUUUAUGGGAGCGGCAUUUCACUAACUCGUUUUUAAUAAGCUGAGGCGUGUAAAUGUCAUAAUAAACAUAAAAUAAGUCUCAAAUUCAUUUCAAAAACUGUGGCACGGAAUAUUACCAAGGAAAACAAAAUGAAUGAUUUAGAGCCAUCGAUUUUAUUUGUAGGGUAAUUAUCGCAAAACACAUUCAUAUUGUAACUGUUUCCAACAUCCCAGCAAACAUUAAAACACAAAACAAAAACUUCAAUGUCUUCUUCUUUGAUAGUUGAAACUUCUCCUCGUACUAACCUCUUAAACGUCACUCACAAAAAAAGAAGACAGCCCGCAGUAACAACGGCAAUCCGAUUGUUAGAAGAAAACCUGAACUCUAAAUAGUUGAACAAAAUAGAGAAAAACAUGUUUGGCGUUAGAACUGUUCACCUCGAACGGAUUUCACUUAGAUGGAAAAUUUUAGUCUUAUCACACAAUGCAUACAGAACACUACAUACAUCAUUCGCAUAACCAAACGUGCAUUUAUGGAAAACAUAGAACAAUGCGGAAGACCAUAUUUGAAAAUUAACUGUAAUAAAACUCCUCUUUAGGAAAAAUAAACACUAGCAUAAAGCAUCGAGAGUUUGGAAAUCAAUUAAACAGUCGAACCUGCAGAUAGCGAAAAUCAUACAAUAAACAAAAUGUAACUGAACCGGAACCGGAGUAAUCGAAGAAGAAGAAUACAGAAAAGAGAAACGGAAGUAGAAACACAAACAGACACAGACACACAAACACACA